AUGAAGUCUACAGGGAAUGUUCAAACCUGCCAGCCAGAAAUUAUUGCUUCUGAUGUUGAGGAACUUGAAAGUGAGAGUGAGAGCAGUCAGAUUGAUGGCAUUGCAAAAAAGAAGAGAAAGGUCUUUUCAACUGGUAUAAACAAACAACGGCAAGCAGCAAAUGCAAGAGAGCGGGACAGAACCCACAGUGUGAACACAGCAUUCACAGCUCUCAGGAAUCUCAUUCCAACCGAGCCAGCAGACCGCAAACUAUCGAAGAUAGAGACCCUACGCUUGGCCUCCAGUUAUAUUUCCCAUCUGGCGAAUGUCCUCCUCCUGGGAGAGGACUGUCUGGACGGGCAGCCCUGCUUAAAAUAUCGAGCUGUCAGGCAGGGCAGCAAUAACGACAUAAAUACGGCAGCUCCCAGACCUAUAUGCACCUUCUGUCUUAGUAAUCAGAGAAAAAUGCUUAGAGAAGGAGAAAAGCACCUCCCUGUCUGA